AUGGUUUUAACUUCUAAGCAAAAAGACGACUUGAAUCGUGCCAUAGCGGAAUAUUUAUAAAAGCAUGGAUUUGCUAAUACUUUACGUCAAUUUGAAGAGGAAUCUAAUAUUAAUUUCAAAGAAACCUAAGACAACAGCAAGCAAGGGAAGGCAAGCACUGCCAAUACUGAUAUUUUAGAGAAGAAAUGGGUAAGUAUAACUCGUUUAUAAAAGAAAGUUAUGGAAUUAGAAAGCGAAAACCAACGUUUGCAAGAAGAGAAUAAUAUCCUCAAGCGUAAGCGUCCUGGCGUAAUGCUUUCGAAUGGAAAUGAUUCAAGUAACAACGGUUAAAUUGUAGGAGGAAAUGGGGGAAAUGAAUCCCAUGAUUAAGAUUAAAGUUUUAUUCCAAAAGAACCAGCAAAAUUUGUCAUGCAAGGCCAUCGUUCUUAAGUCACUUAAGUUGCUUUUCACCCAACCUAUAGUAUAGUUGCAACUUGCUCUGAAGAUGGUUCUAUUCGUUUAUGGGAUUUCGAAUCUGGUUAAUUAGAGCGUGCCCUUAAAGGCCAUAUGGGAACAGUAAAUUCAGUAGCAUUUGAUAGCUAAGGCAAGUACAUGGCUUCUUCUUCCACUGAUCUUUCAAUUCGUAUUUGGGAUUUAAGUCAAUAUACUUGUAUUAGAACUCUUUAUGGUCACGAACAUAAUGUAUCAGAUGUUAAAUUUUUACCAAAUGGAGAUUUUUUAAUUAGUGCUUCUCGUGAUAAAACUCUCAAGCUUUGGGAAGUAGUUACUGGAUUUUGUAAGCGUACAUAUGAAGGUCAUGAAGAAUGGGUAAAGUGUCUAAGAGUUCACGAAUCAGGAACUUAAUUCGCAUCAGGCUCCUAAGAUUAAACUGUUAUGGUAUGGAAUUUAGAUGCCAAUUAACCUUAAUAAGUACUAAGAGGCCAUGAACAUGUUGUAGAAUGUGUAGUAUAUGCAAAUGUUCCAAUUUCAUAUGUGAAGGAUAAGUUAGGAAAAACAGAAGAAAGUACAACCAAAGAGGAAGAAGAAUAAAAGUCAUAAGCAAGUGAUAGUAAUAGCAAUACCCCUUCUGCUAAAAACUCUUUAACUUAAAAUAAUACUAAAUUGUAAUAAUCUACUAAAACAAUACAAAUUUUAAUUUCAGGCUCUAGAGAUAAAAAUAUCAUCAUAUGGAAUCCAUAAAACGCCCAAUAAUUAUUUACACUAAAGGGUCAUGAUAACUGGGUGCGUUCUCUUGCUGUUCAUAACAACAAUAGAUAUUUGUAUUCAUGUUCUGAUGAUAAAUCUUUACGUGUAUGGGAUCUUGAAAAAAUGAGAUAAGCACGUAAAAUACAUGAUGCCCAUAACCAUUUUAUUAGCUCUGUUGCUUUCAAUCCAAGCUAUCUCAUCCUUGCUACAGGAUCAGUUGAUACAACUGUAAAAAUAUGGGAUCUAAAGGAUUAUUGA